UGAUGACGACUUGGUAGAUAUGAUUGUCGGGGGCAGAACUUAAAUAUUUAACGAAGUGAAGAAGCUAGUUUUUACUCUGACAAAAUGGACACAAUUCAAAUGAUAGUAACGGUAUCUUGUUCUGCAAUAGUAAUUACUCUGUUUGUAGGUCUAUGGAGAGUACUGAAAUGGAUUUGGUUCUGUCCCAAGAAGUUGGAGAAAUUGUUGAGAAAACAAGGUCUAAAAGGGAAUUCCUACAGAAUAUUGUAUGGGGACAUGAAAGAUCUUUCUGGGAUGAUUAAGGAAGCUAAUUCAAAACCUAUGAAUCUGUCUGAUGAUGAUAUAGCUUCAAGAAUGGUGCCUUUCUUUGUUGAACUCAUCAAGAAAUAUGGGAAAAAUCCUUUUAUAUGGCUGGGUCCAAGACCACAAGUAUUGAUCAUGGACCCUGAGCUUAUAAAGGAAGUAUUUUCCAAAAACUAUUUGUAUCAAAAGCAACAUGGAAAUCCAGUAGGCACCUUACUUGUACAAGGACUAGUAAGCUAUGAGAAAGACAAAUGGGCCAAACAUAGAAAAAUCAUCAAUCCCGCUUUCCAUCUGGAGAAGUUAAAGCAUAUGCUUCCAGCUUUUUACUUGAGCUGUAGUGAGAUGCUAAGCAAAUGGGAUGACAUUGUAUCCAUCGAAGGCUCACAUGAGAUAGAUGUAUGGCCUCACCUUCAGCAAUUGAGUAGUGAUGUGAUCUCUAGGACAGCUUUUGGCAGUAGUUACGAAGAAGGUAGAAAGAUAUUUGAACUUCAAAGGGAACAAGCUCAGCAUUUUCUUGAAGCUGUACGCUCAGUUUAUAUCCCAGGCUGGAGAUUUUUGCCAACAAAGAGGAACAGAAGAAUGAAGGAAAUAAACAAGGAUGUUCGGUCCUCAAUUAGAGGUAUUAUUGAUAAAAGAUUGAAGGCAAUGGAAGCAGGGAACGCCGAUAAUGAGGAUCUAUUGGGCAUAUUGCUGGAGUCGAAUUUUAAAGAAAUUGAACAGCACGGGAACAAGGAUUUUGGAAUAAGCAUUGAAGAAGUCAUUGAAGAAUGCAAGCUAUUCUAUUUUGCUGGUGCAGAAACUACGUCAGUGUGGCUCCUAUGGACUCUCAUAUUGUUAAGCAGGUAUCAAGAUUGGCAGACACGGGCCAGAGAAGAAGUCUUGCAAGUCUUUGGGAGUCAGAAACCAGAUUUUGAUGGAUUAAAUCGUCUAAAAGUUGUUACGAUGAUCUUGUACGAGUCAUUAAGGCUAUAUCCCCCGAUAACAACACUUACCCGACGGGCUAAUGAAGACAUUGCACUAGGAGAACUAUCUCUACCAGCUGGUGUAUUUGUCUCUAUGCCAGUGAUCUUAUUACAUCAUGAUAAAGAGAUAUGGGGUGAAGAUGCAAACAAGUUCAAUCCAGAGAGAUUUAAAGGAGGACUAUCAAGUGUAACAAAGGGUCAGGUCACAUAUUUUCCAUUUGCUUGGGGCCCUAGAAUAUGCAUUGGACAAAAUUUUGCCAUGUUAGAAGCGAAGAUGGCUUUGUCUAUGAUCCUGCAAUGCUUCUCUUUCGAAUUGUCUCCAUCCUACACACAUGCUCCUCAAUCCAUGGUAACCAUUCAGCCUCAAUAUGGUGCUCCACUUAUUUUCCACAAACUAUAAAUUGGUAUUUUUGUGAGAGGUGUCUUGUAAUAUAUUAGAGUUUAUUCAGACUCAUCGUGGGCGGAGUUACAAUAUUAGAUACGGGUUUCGAUGAACUCAGUAACUUUUGCUUAAAUCUUGUAUUUGUAUCUAUAUCUGGAAACUCAUUAACUAUGUAUAAAUAUUUAGUUGCAACCUCA